AGUAAAUACAAUUUAUCGAAGGUUCGUUCUUCAGUGAGAGGAUUCGAGCUUUUCUAUAGUCUAGACAACACUCGUGCUCCGUUUCGUCUGACACCGAGAUUGCACUCAGCACCGUCCCGUGUUCAAACCCUCCGACGAGCUCUCCGGCAGCCAUGUACGGCGGAGAUGAAGUGUCAGCUAUAGUGGUUGACUUGGGUUCGCACACUUGCAAGGCUGGCUACGCCGGCGAAGAUGCUCCCAAGGCCGUCUUCCCUUCCGUUGUUGGGGCAGUAGAUGGAGUAGAGGCAAUGGAUGUGGAUGUUGAUUCUGCAAAGACAAAUUCGAAUUCUGAGGAUUCAAAGUCUGAAAAGGAGAAGGGUAAACGCAAGCUCUGUGUGGGAUCUCAAGCCUUGAAUUACCGCCGGGAUCAUAUGGAGAUCUUGUCACCAAUCAAAGAUGGUAUAGUUUUUGAUUGGGAUUUGGUGGACAACAUAUGGGAGCAUGCUUUCAGGAGUUGUCUGAUGAUUGAUCCUAAGGAACAUCCCAUGCUGCUAGCUGAGCCUCCUUUAAACACUCAACAGCAGAGAGAGAAGGCGGCAGAGCUAAUGUUUGAAAAAUACAAAGUUCCAGCAUUGUUUAUGGCUAAGAAUCCUGUUCUGACCUCUUUUGCUACUGGGCGUGCUACUUCAUUGGUUGUUGACUGCGGUGGAGGAUCAACUACUAUUUCACCUGUGCAUGAAGGCUAUGUCCUUCAGAAGGCUGUUGUGUCGAAUCCAGUUGGAGGGGAAUUUCUCACUGACUGCUUACUGAAAAGCUUGGAGUCUAAAGGAAUUAAAAUAAGGCCUAGAUACUCUUUCAAGAGAAAGGAAGUACGCCCAGGGGAAUUCCAGGUUGAAGAUGUAGGUCUUCCUGAUACCACGGAAAGCUACAAGCUCUUCUGCCAGAGAAUGAUAGUGGGUGAUAUCAAGGAUUUUAUUUGCCGGGUUCCUGAUACUCCCUAUGACGACAAGUCAUAUUCAAACAUCCCAACUACAUCCUACGAGCUUCCUGAUGGCCAGACACUCGAGAUUGGUGCUGAUAAGUUCAAAAUUCCUGAUGUGAUGUUCAACCCGUCCAUAGUUCAGACAAUUCCUGGAACGGAGAAGUAUGCAGAGAUGAUUCCUUCUGUUCGUGGGUUGCCACACAUGGUCAUGGAGAGCAUCAACAAAUGUGAUGUGGAUAUCCGGAGAGAGUUGUAUAGUAGCAUACUGCUUGCUGGUGGCACAUCAUCAAUGCAGCAGUUGAAAGAACGUCUCGAAAAGGACUUAAUAGAAGAGUCUCCUCACUCUGCUCGGGUCAAAGUGUUGGCGAGUGGUAACACAACAGAAAGAAGAUUCAGUGUGUGGAUAGGAGGGAGUAUAUUAGCAUCAUUAGGCUCGUUUCAACAGAUGUGGUUCUCCAAAUCAGAGUACGAAGAACAUGGCGCUUCAUACAUCCAGAGAAAGUGUCCUUAAAGAAGCAGCUUCAGAUUCUGUGGAACCUGGGAAGAUAAAAGAAACUUGAAAACUAGCUAAUGUGUUCAUCUCAUGGAUUCAUCUAUGUUGUUCUUGAUACAUUUUCUAUCUUUACCUUUAUUGCGAGUUUAGAAAACUUUGACAUUAACAAAAAAAUUGUAAUUUUAGUGCUAUUUUACUUUCUUUA